UUGCAAUGGCUGCUACUGUGAAUCUGGAACUUGAUCCCAUUUUUUUGAAAGCUCUGGGUUUCUUACAUUCCAAGAGUAAGGAUUCUGCUGAAAAGCUAAAAGCACUGCUUGAUGAAUCCCUGGCUCGGGGCGUUGAUUCAAGUUACCGUCCAUCUCCAAAGGAUGUGGAGCCACCCAAAAUUUCAAGCACGAAAGCUAUUUCCAUUAAGCAAGAGCCCAAAAGUUCAUCUAGUCUUCCUUCUGGCAAUAAUAAUGGCAAGGCCCUCACAACAGAAAAAGUAAAGAAGGAAGCUGAAAAGAGACCUGCUGAUAAAAUAAAAUCAGACGUAAGUGAAGGAGUUGAUGUUCCAAAGAAACCUAGAUUGGAGAAACCAGAAACACGGUCCUCUCCCAUUACUGUCCAAACUAGCAAGGAUUUAGCUAUGGCUGACCUUUCCAGUUUUGAGGAGACUAGUGCCGAUGAUUUUGCCAUGGAGAUGGGAUUGGCCUGUGUUGUUUGCAGGCAAAUGACAGUGGCUUCUGGUAAUCAACUAGUAGAAUGUCAAGAGUGCCAUAAUCUCUACCACCAAGAUUGCCAUAAGCCCCAGGUGACAGAUAAGGAAGUUAAUGACCCUCGCCUGGUGUGGUAUUGUGCUCGAUGUACCAGACAGAUGAAAAGAAUGGCUCAAAAAACUCAGAAACCAGCACAGAAACCGGCCCCCACAGUUGUUUCUGUAGUUCCAGCAGUCAAAGAUCCAUUGGUUAAGAAACCAGAAACUAAACUAAAACAAGAGACAACUUUUCUGGCAUUCAAAAGAACAGAAGUCAAGGCAUCCACAGUUAUUUCAGGAAAUUCUUCUAGUACCAGUGUUUCCUCUUCAGCAACUAGUGGCCUAACUGGAUGGGCAGCUUUUGCAGCCAAAACCUCCUCUGCUAGCCCAUCAACAGCGAAAUUGAGUUCAACAACACAAAACAAUAGUGGGAAACCUACUACCUCAUCAGCUAACCAGAAGCCUGUAGGUUUGACUGGUCUGGCAACAUCAUCCAAAGGUGGAAUAGCUUCCAAAUUGGGUUCCAGUAACAGCACUACACCCACUGUACCACUGAAACCACCUCCACCUCUAACCUUGGGCAAAACUGGCCUUAGUCGCUCAGUUAGUUGUGACAAUGUUAGCAAAGUUGGUCUUCCUAGUCCAAGUAGUUUAGUUCCAGGAAACAGUAGCCAACUAAGUGGGAAUGGAAAUAGUGGAGCAUCAGGACCUAGUGGAAAUACCACUAGUAAAACCACUUCAGAAUCAAGCAGUUCUUCCUCAGCGUCCCUCAAAGGUCCAACUUCACAAGAAUCCCAGCUCAAUGCCAUGAAGCGAUUACAGAUGGUCAAGAAGAAAGCUGCCCAAAAGAAACUCAAGAAGUAAUGUGGCCAAGUCAGUUUUUACAUCACAUUGCCUAAAGAUGAAAAUCUUAUUAUUAUGACAAAAACUGUAAUAGACUGUAAUUUAAUAAAUAUCUUCAUACUCAAA